AUGGGAGCAGUCGACCCUUCUAACAGUAACAAGCCCUUCGGAGGCAAGACUAUCGUGUUUGGUGGAGACUUCCGACAAAUCCUUCCAGUCAUUCCAAAGGGCAGUCACCAAGAUAUUGUUAAUGCAAUUAUUAAUACUUCUAGCAUUUGGAAGGACAGUAUUGUGCUUCGACUUACAAAAUAUAUGCUUCUUCAAAAUAUUUCUGACUCGGACGAGCGUGACGAGCUAGCAUCAUUUGUUGAUUGGAUUGCUAGCAUCAGAGAUGGUACUUUAGGAGGAUCAAAUGACGGUUGUGCCUCCAUUGAUAUACUAGAUGAUAUUAUACUUGAUCCCUCUGAUGAUCCAGUUGCUACAAUUAUGGAAAGUAUCUAUCCAAUGUUUAAGAAUUCAACUGAAGAUCCAAGUUAUUUGAAGGACAAGGUUAUUUUAGCACCAUCAUUAGAGGUUGUUGAGUGUAUCAGUCAGUACAUGUCGGAGAUGAAUUCAGCUGACGUUCACACGUAUUUGAGUUCUGACAGUGCUUCUAAGUCUGAUUUCGACAACGACUUCUUGGCAGAUCUCCACACGCCUGAGUUCUUUAAUAGCAUCAAGUGUUCGGGAACAUCGAAACAUGAGCUGACGCAAAUCGCGGCCACCGAACUCGUCAAAGCCGUCAUUUUCACAUCGCACCUCACAACCCCUGAAGCCGGUGAAACCCUCAUCCCAAUGCGCACAACGCAAUCCUAG